AUGGGGCAUGUGGGGACAGAUCCAAAUUCACCACAUAAAAUUGCUGUGAAAUGUUGUGAAGAUCUUAAGAAUUAUUCACUGCAUAUUGGGAAAGGUCAUGAUGAAAGCUCUGACUCAAAAAAUCAAGGUAACUUCAUUGAAUUGAUAAAGUUUUUUGCAACUUUUAAUGAUAAAGUUGAUGGAGUUGUGUUGACAAAUGCUCCACGGAAUGCCAAAUAUACAUCACCUCAAAUUCAAAAAGAAAUUUUGCAUAUCUUUGCAACUAAAGUACGAGAUGUGAUUCGCAAAGAAAUUGGGGAUGCUAAAUUUUGCAUUCUUGUUGAUGAAGCUCGGGAUGAGUCAAAAAGGGAGCAAAUGGAAAUCAUUUUGAGAUUUGUUGAUAAAUAUGGUUUUAUUCGAGAGAGAUUCUUUCAUAUUGUCCAUGUCAAAGAUACUACUGCAUUAACUUUAAAAAAGAAGAUAUGUGAUGUCCUUUCUUGUAACGACCUCAAAAUUCAGAAUAUUCGUGGUCAGGGAUAUGAUGAAGGUAGUAAUAUGCGUGGAGAAUGGAAUGGGCUACAAGUUUUAUUUCUUAGAGAAUGUCCAUAUGCAUAUUAUGUGCAUUGCUUUGCUCAUAAGCUACAAUUAGCUUUGGUUGCAGCAUCUAGAGAAGCAAAAUCUGUUCAUCAAUUCUUUGAGAAUUUGAAUUUUAUUAUCAACAUUGUUGUUGGUUCUUCAAAACGCAAUGAUGAAUUGCAAUCUGCUCAAGUUGCUGAGAUUGAAAGUAUGAUUGCUUCUAAUGAAAUUGAGACUGGAAGGGGGGCCAACCAAAUUGUUCUCGAAACUAUCUCAAAGGAGGGAACCAACUAUUCUCAGCGCGGUGAUUCUGAAGCGGCUUAUAUGGUAUUAACAUCAUUUGAAUUUGUUUUGAUAUUGCAUUUGAUGAAAAAGAUUAUGGGAUUUACUAAUUGUCUUUGUCGAGCUUUGCAACAAAAUUCUCAAGACAUUUUAAAUGCCAUGAAAUUAGUUUCAACUACAAAAUCACUUCUUCAGAAUUUGAGAAAUGAAAAGUGUGAGCAUUUCCUUGAUACUGUUAAAUCAUUUUGUGAAAAAAAUGAAAUUGAUGUUCCUGAUAUGAAUGCUCGUUACACUAGAGCUCGAGGUAGAUCAUGUCGCCAAAAUGAAGAAUCUUUCAUGACAAUUGAGCAUCAUUUUAUAAUUGAUGUAUUUAUUGCUGCAAUAGACUUCCAAUUGCAAGAACUAGAUAAUAGAUUUAGUGAGCAUGCAGUGGAACUUCUUCGUCUUAGUGCCGCUUUAAGCCCUCAAGAUGCAUACAAAUCAUUUAAGAUCGAUGAUAAUAUGUCCACUUUAUCUGAGUUGUGCAGGGGAUUAGCAAUUUUAGGAAAAUCGAAGAUUUAUAAUUUGAUUGACAGGUUGAUUCGUCUAGUGUUGACUCUCCCUGUUUCUACCGCUACUAUUGAACGAUCAUUUUCUGCCAUGAAACUUGUAAAAACUAGAUUACGUAGUAGAAUGGAAGAUGAGUUUCUAGCAGAUAAUUUGGUAGUUUAUAUCGAGAAAGAAAUUGCUAAGGAUUUCACUACAGAGAUGAUAAUGGAUGAGUUUUAUUCCAUGAAAGACCGUCGACGUUGA